UAGUCAUAAUUAUUAUGCCCACUACUUUCAAAAGCCAUUCUUGAUAGGAUCAAGCCAAAUCAAGCAAAGAUGACCAAAUUCGAGGUUGUGCUCAUCGCAACCCCUGGGUUUGGAAACCUUGUUCCCAUUGUCGAGUUUGCUCAACGCAUAAUCGACCACGACCAUCGAUUUUCAGCCACAAUACUCAUCAUCAACAUGCCCGGGAGACCACUUCUCGACCUCUACAUCCAAUCACGCGUCGCCACGUCAACCACGAAUAUCCGAUUUGUCCAUCUCCCUACGGCAGACUUUCCCUCAUCUGAUCACUCCAAAAUUUUCAUAGCCCAUGUAACCUCACUCAUUGAAAAGCAUAAACACCAUAUAAAAGAAGCAAUCACAAAGCUCAUGGCACCCGAGUUGGAUUCAGACGACUCAGAGUCCAACUCAGUCCCACAACUUGCCGGGUUAUUCGUUGACAUGUUUUGUAGUUCAAUCAUUGACGUUGCUAAAGAGCUUGACAUCCCUUGUUACCUUUACUUUGCCUCUCCAGCUUCGUUUCUUAGCUUUAUUCUUCAUCUUCCUGUCCUAGACACCCAAACCCAACUCACCACUGAGUUCGCUGAGUCAGAUACUAAGUUGGUCAUCCCGGGUUUUGUUGACCCGGUUCCCCUAAGUGUGUUUCCUCCAGUAGCGUUUACAGAAGAUGGGUACUCCUGCUAUAUGUACCAUGCACUUAGGUACACACAAACAAAGGGUAUUGUUAUAAAUACACUUCAAGAGCUUGAGUCUCAUGCCCUUAACUCGUUCUCCACGAGUCAAAUGCCACGAGUUUAUCCAAUUGGGCCUGUUCUUGACCUUGUUGGAUCAGCCCAAUGGCACCCAGAUCGAGCCCACCAUGAAAGUAUUAUAAGGUGGCUCGAGGACCAACCUUCAUCAUCGGUGGUGUUCUUAUGCUUUGGUAGUAUGGGAUGUCUUGAUGAACCCCAAGUAAGAGAAAUAGCCCACGGGCUUGAACGGGCCAGGUUUCGAUUCUUGUGGUCAUUGCGUGAGCCGCCUAGAGUCCUAUUAGAUCAGCCGGAUGAAUACACGAAUAUCGAGGAAGUUUUGCCCAAUGGGUUCUUGGAUCGAACGAGUGAGAUUGGUUUGGUGUGUGGGUGGAUUUCACAGGUUUCAAUCUUGGCCCACAAGGCAAUUGGAGGAUUCGUGUCGCAUUGUGGUUGGAACUCAAUUUUGGAGAGCUUGUGGCAUGGUGUUCCAAUUGCAACAUGGCCAAUCUACGCUGAGCAACAGUUGAAUGCCUUUAAAAUGGUGAAAGAAUUGGGAUUAGCAGUGGAGAUAAGCUUAGAUUAUAGGAGGGGAAGCAAUAAAUUGGUGUUGGCAGAGGAGAUAGAAAGAGGAAUCAAGUGUCUUAUGGAUGGUGAUGGUGAGGUGAGGAAAAAAGUGAAGGAGAUGAGCAUAAACGCUAGGAUGGCUGUGAUGGAAAAUGGAUCAUCAUAUACGUCACUGGGAACUUUGAUUGAGGAAUUAGCAAACAAUAUUUAAGAAUACAAAGAUGGGCCCCUUAUGUCGUGUAAGAAUACUAGUGAAAUACGGUGACUUGUAAUUAUUGUUAAUGCAAAUUGCAUCCUAGUGCAUUACGAGGACUUGCUCAUUUUCUUAUUUUUAUAUUUAAAGACAUGUCUUUUUUAUUCUUA